AUGGAUGGUCACACAGUCGUCGGCGCCGUUUCGGCCCCGUCAACGAGCCCAACCAGCCCCGUGAGCGUACAUCGCCAUGGCUCCAUGAAGCGAAAACGCAGCGAAGGAGGGCUUGGAGUCGACAGCAGUCCAGGAAGCGUUAUCGGCGACGAAGACCACUCUUUAGCAGAACCCGAAAAGAAGAGACAGCCUGGCGUUAAGCGAGCAUGUAACGAAUGUAGGCAGCAGAAACUGAGGUGCGAUGUUGUCCAAGAACCAUUUCACAGUUGUUCGAGGUGUAAUCGUCUAAAGCUCGAGUGCAAGAUCGAGUCCAAUUUCAAGCGCAUCGGCAAGCGGUCAAAACAUGCAGAGAUGGAAAAGGAGAUCGAUCGCCUACGACGUAAGAUAGCGCAAGCAAAGGCGCAGGGUUUUGUAAUAGACGACGACGAAGACCUGCAAUCGCAAUUGCAAUCCCCCGUCGCAAAUAGUGCGUAUUCGCAUACCCGAAAUCCUUCGCUCAUGGGAUCCGAUGAGGCUGUCACUUCCCUUCUGACUCUCAAGCGAGGAGGGUCGUAUAGCUUGGCCGCAACCCAUUAUGCCUAUGAGCUUGAGACUGUGCGGCUGACCGAGCAGGAUGUCCAUGGUUUAUUUCAGGAAUUCUUCACAUGUUACCAUCCAUUCCUCCCUUUCCUGAACGAGCAUCAGUCACCUGACCUUUACUAUCAACAACAUGCAUUGCUCUUCUGGACCAUUAUUGCUAUCGCCUCCCGGCGGUACCCCCCUAAGCCUAGUAUCUUACACGAACUAUCGAGCGGUCCUCUCAACAGGCUGCUAUGGGGCACCGUAGGCGAUGUGCCCAACAGUUACUUCGUCGUCAAGGCUCUUUGCUUGCUAUGUACUUGGCCCCUGCCGACAAGUACGACUACGGCGGACCCGACACAUAUAUUAUGCGGCGUAAUGAUGAAAGCCGCCACCGGUAUUGGUUUACACCGGCCUAAUCAUACGCAGGACUUUUCGCGCGUCUCUGUUGAGCUCAACAAGGAUCAGCUACACGAUCGAGUAACCACCUGGGCCGUAUGCAACAUUGUUGCUCAAUCGAUAGGAACGGGUUAUGGCCAGCCCGCCACCACGCUCUAUGACUGGACGCUUGCCAUCCGCCCCGGUGAAGAUGGACCUUUCACGUUAUCGCCUGAACUCGAGGCUAGGUUAAGGAUAGAGAGAUUCUGUGAUAAGGUCUCAAAAGAAAUGUACAGUAAUGCGAGCGAUCCGAGGGGUGUAGCCGGCGAUGAGCAUAGAGCAAUGCUGAUGCGGGUGUAUCGUCGAGACUUCCAAGAAUUGCAGGCGUCGAUCCUUUCCCAACGUCUAACGCCUAUCGUGGAGAUUCAUUUGACAGCUGCCAAUGUCCACCUUCGCCUCGCCGGAUUCUUUGACUCUAGCAGCACUCCCGGUUAUAUGGAUGAUCUCAUGGGCCUAUGGCGAGCCAUUACCAGCUUUCUAGACCUUCUAUUUCUAGAAAGUAACCAGCACAUAUUGUUGUAUGCCACUAACUACAUCCAACAGAUGCUCGUCGCUGCUGGGUUUGCUUUGUUGAAGCUGAUGAGGUCGUUCUUCUCCAAGACGAUAGAGUUCGAGAGGGGACGGACACUAUUUCACAAGACCAUCCAGGCGAUACGUUCAACAAGCGUGUUGGACAAUGACCUGCAAUGGCGGUUAGCGGAGCUCAUGGUUCAGAUGUGGAACGGCGCUCGCAUCGACAAUAAAAAUAACACCUCAUUCCACGAAGACGACAACUCCGUUCUCAUCGACGACAGUUUGCAAUUAAAGGUACGGUGUAGGCAUAGUAUGAGCCUUGUAUUCGACUCUAUUUGGCGCUGGAGGGAGGAGUACCAGGCCCAGGGUCGUGGCACGCUUGACGCUCUCAAGCAGCCAACUAACCCGGACUCAGGUAAUGAGUCUUCAGCGUCUUCUACUCACAUGGAUAGCACACUCUUGCCUCAUAACAAUCUCGCGAAUUUGACGACGAUGGCGACUAGUAAUGGUGGCAUAACGCCAACGGCAAGCCACGGUCUGAACGCCGGUGCCAAUAGCAUGAUCGGCAUUGGCUAUAGCAGCGAUGCUAACUACGACUUCUUUGAUCCCCAACACUGGAUGCUUGACGGGUUGUUAGAUUUCAACUACACAUAUGCCCAACCUCUGGAAGGCAUGUAG